AAAAAAAAAACCACAGUCCACUGAUGACAUCUUCUGACAGAAGAGAAAAUAGAAAUAUCUACAAAAGUCUCAAAUGACAAAUCUCAAAUCAUUUCGAUUUUCGAUAUAAAUCAAAAUAAUGAAUUAAUAAAACAUUUAAAGUACAUUAACUUAAAAGUAUUCUUUUAAAUAUAUUGUCUUUAAUUAAAAACUGGACUUAGCAAUACCACGAAAGCUUUUGAGUUUGUGUAAUUCAUUUUCACUGAAAAGUGGUUAAGAUGAAUGAUCAACCUACAAAGAAAAUACUAUUCAACAAAUCAACAUUAUUAAGUUUAAAAGCAGAGUUGCUUAAAAAACAAGAGGAGGUUUUGGAAAAGAAACAUCUGCCAAAGCACAAUUUAGAACUAUUUAAGCCAGCCCAUCGAUCUGCUGAAAGUGAGAGUAAAAGUGAAAAUAAAACAUCAACAACCAGUUUCAAAGACAAGUUAAAAGCUGUGGAUGUAGAAGAAUAUGAAGCUUGCAGGAAAGCAAAACAAGUGUUAGAAAAAAAAGCUGAGUUGUACAAACAUUUGGAAGAUGGGGCUGGUGAUUCACAGUUAGCUGGACACUUUCUUGUUGACUUUAAAAGUAAAAAACAAGAGACAGCAUCUAGACCAGAACCCGAGCCUGAAGAAGAGAUACAGGCGCCAUUUGAAGAAGACCAGGGUGAUUGGAUUGAGUUUACUGAUUUUUUGGGCAGAACUCGGAAAUGUCUGAAAUCAGAUUUGGAUUACUAUAAAAGAAGGGAUGAACAACUUAUGAAAAUGGUCACCAAUGAGAGUAAUUACCAAGAUUCAUCUGCAAGUGACGCUCAGUCAUCACAAAAUACUACAGAGAAGCCAUUUUUAGUACAAAAGACGAAUGACUACCUACAGCUGUUGCGUGAAAAGUGGGAGAAAAAGGAACAAGAACUACUAGGAAAAGAUGAAGAUAUACAUUACCAAGAUUUACUUUUUGAUGAGGCGAGAAUCCACGGCGUCGGCUACUUCGCAUUCAGUACAGAUGAAACGGAGCGUCGCAAACAGAUGGAUGAAUUGUUGAAGCGACGGGAAGAGACGUUGAAGGCGCAGAAGCUGGCCGAAGAGACGCGCAGGAAACGCGACGAGCUGAUAGCUGCCAGGGUCGCUGCUGCCAGGGCUCGCCAGAGGAUCAGGGCUGGACUACCGCCUGAGGAUCCGGAAGAAAAGAAAAAAGAGUUCACGACAUGCCUCCUCAAAUUUUUAACUGAGAAAAGGGAUGAAGCAGAUAAAAAAGCCAAAGAGGAAGAGAAAAAGGCGCGCGAGGAACAGGAAAAAGAGAGGCAAAAGUUGCGUGAUGCUUAUGUACGGGAAUGGGAUAUUGGGAAAGAAGGGAAUGAAGAUAAACCAAAGAAAUUUAGAGAAAUGACUCAGGAAGAAUAUGUUGAACAACAAAGAGCUAAGAGAAUAGACGAAUUUGCCCCAGUUAAAAGUUCCAACAGUGUCAACUCAACGAAUGAGUUUGAUACACAAGGCAGAAGACUUAAUUCCAAUACUGACACUGUGAAAGUUAAAACUUGGUCUGAUGUAAGAAGAGUCGAAGCUCCUGCACCGCCAGUUAUCGGAGAUAUUAGUGACGCAUCACAGAAAGGUCUAUAUUUCUCUACUAAAAAGAAUGAAGCAAUACUGAAGUAUAAGAACUUUGUUAAAGCUCAAGAACCAGUUCCUAUAAAUAACGAGCUGAGUGAUGACGAAGUCUCUGGCAACACAAGACCUAAACCAGAUAAAAGGAAAGAUGGCGAAGAAUACGUUGAAAUUGAACCACCUGCAACAUAUGAUUAUUAUGGGCCUAUUCCUAAGAAUAGAAAGUUAGAUAAACCCUUCAACUCAGAUUUGAGAGAAGCAAUGGCACAAGGAAAUAAAAGCUUAGAACGAAAAGAGAGUAGCAGGAAACUACCAGAACAUUAUGAUUUUACAUUCGAUUGAUUUGUUAAUGUGUUAAAUAAAACUGUUGCUACAUGA